GCAGUCGCUGCGCGGCCCCGGAAGUAAAGGCCGCAGCUUCCUGUUUCCGGGUCCGCAGCGCGGGUCGCUUUGGAGCAUCGGAGCCGAGUGCCCGCGAGCCCGAACCGGACUCGUCCGAGGCUCGUGUGACCGGGGCGGAGCCCGCCCUCCCCGCGCGGCCAUCAUGUCAAUGUCCCAUCUCUACGGCAAAGAUGACGACGGUGAUGUGGAGAUGGAGAAAUUUGAAAUCACAGACUGGGACCUGCAGAACGAGUUCAACCCCAAUCGGCAGCGCCACUGGCAGACCAAGGAGGAGGCCACCUAUGGCGUGUGGGCUGAGCAUGACUCGGACGACGAGAGGCCCAGCUUUGGAGGCAAACGCUCUCGGGACUACUCAGCCCCGGUUAAUUUCAUCAGUGCGGGACUAAGGAAAGCUGCAGCUGAGGAAGUGAUAGAAGAAGAUUCAGAUGAGGAUGAAAAGCCCGUUAAGCAGGAAGAAUUCCCUAAAGAGUUUGUACCAAAGAAAUUAAAAACAGGUGGCAAUUUCAAACCCAGCCAGAAAGGAUUUAUAGGAGGGACCAAAUCUUUCUUGGAUUUUGGCAGCUGGGAGAGACACACCAAGGGAAUAGGGCAGAAGCUUCUUCAGAAAAUGGGUUAUGUCCCUGGUAGAGGGCUUGGAAAGAAUGCUCAAGGUAUCAUCAAUCCGAUUGAGGCUAAGCAAAGGAAAGGCAAAGGGGCCUUGGGAGCAUAUGGCUCUGAACGAACCAGUCAGUCCUUGCAGGACUUCCCUGUUGUUGACUCCGAGGAAGAAGCUGAAGAGGAAUUUCAGAAAGAGCUCAGUCAGUGGAGGAAGGAUCCUAAUGGAGGCAAGAAAAAACCCAAAUAUGCCUACAAGACAGUAGAAGAAUUGAAGGCCAAGGGCCGGAUUGGCAAGCAGCUCACAGCUCCUCAAAAAGAACUAUCCCAAGUUAAGGUUAUAGACAUGACUGGCCGGGAACAAAGGGUUUAUUACAGUUAUAGUCAAAUCAGCCAUAAGCACAAUAUUCCAGAUGACAAUCCUCAGCAGCCACUGGGCAAAGACUCCAAGCCCCAAGCAUUUGCCUUGCCAGAACUGGAGCACAACUUGCAACUUCUCAUCGACAUCACAGAGCAGGAGAUCAUCCAGAAUGACCGGCAGCUGCAGUACGAGAGAGACAUGGUUGUCAACCUGACCCAUGAGAUACAGAAGAUGUCCGAAGUCCUCUCGCAUGAGGAGACAGCAAUUAGCAACCUGAGCAAGGUCCUGGAAUUGGUGGAGGAAUGUGAGCGGCGAAUGCAGCCCAACUGUAACAAUCCACUUACCUUGGAUGAAUGUGCAAAGAUUUUUGAGACCCUCCAAGAUAAGUAUUAUGAGGAAUAUAGGAUGUCCGAUCGAGUGGACCUGGCAGUAGCUAUAGUCUUUCCUCUCAUGAAAGAUUACUUCAAGAACUGGGAUCCCCUCAAGGACUGUAUGUAUGGCACAGAAAUUAUAGCCAAGUGGAAAAAGCUUUUAGAAAAUGAUCAGUUGUUAUCGCACAGUGGACAGGACCUAGCAACAGAUGCUUUUCACAGACUCAUGUGGGAAAUGUGGAUGCCGUAUGUAAGAAACAUAAUAACACAGUGGCAGCCGAGAAACUGUGGCCCAAUGGUAGAUUUCUUGGACAGCUGGGUGCAUGUUAUUCCUGUUUGGAUAUUGGAUAAUAUUCUGGAUCAGCUCAUCUUCCCCAAGCUACAGAAGGAGGUUGAAAACUGGAACCCUCUGACAGACACUGUCCCAAUCCACUCUUGGAUUCACCCCUGGCUUCCACUGAUGCAGUCUCGAUUAGAGCCAUUAUAUUCUCCAAUCCGAAACAAGUUGGCAAAUGCACUGCAGAAAUGGCACCCCAGUGACUCUUCAGCCAAACUGAUCCUUCAGCCCUGGAAAGAAGUGUUUACACCAGGAUCUUGGGAGGCUUUCAUGGUCAAAAACAUUGUGCCUAAACUAGGGAUGUGCCUCAAUGAGCUCGUCAUUAACCCUCACCAGCAGCAUAUGGAUGCAUUUUACUGGGUGAUUGACUGGGAGGGGAUGGUCUCUGUGUCCAGCCUUGUUGGACUUCUGGAGAAACACUUCUUCCCCAAAUGGCUGCAGGUACUCUGCUCCUGGCUAAGUAAUAGCCCCAAUUACGAAGAGAUCACCAAGUGGUACCUUGGUUGGAAGUCUAUGUUCUCAGACCAGGUGUUAGCACAUCCAUCAAUCAAGGACAAAUUUAAUGAAGCUCUUGAUAUCAUGAACCGGGCUGUCUCUUCCAAUGUCGGUGGCUACAUGCAACCAGGUGCUCGGGAAAACAUUGCCUAUCUCACUCACACAGAGCGGAGGAAAGACUUCCAAUAUGAAGCUAUGCAGGAGCGGCGAGAGGCUGAGAACAUGGCCCAGCGGGGCAUAGGCAUGGCUGCUAGCUCUGUGCCCAUGAAUUUUAAGGACCUCAUUCAAACAAAAGCAGAAGAACACAAUAUCGUCUUCAUGCCUGUGAUCGGGAAGCGGCAUGAAGGAAAACAAUUGUACACAUUUGGACGAAUUGUGAUUUACAUUGACAGGGGCGUUGUGUUUGUACAAGGAGAAAAGACAUGGGUGCCAACCUCUCUUCAGAGUCUCAUUGAUAUGGCUAAAUAAGGAUCCUGCUCUGUGCCAGGAGCAUUGUACAUAAUCCCUAAACCUUUUUGAUGUGAGGUGUGAACCCCUUUGGAAACCUUAGACAGUCCGUGGACCACCACAGGUUGAAAACCACUGUUCUGGCAUGUGAGAACUAACAAAAGAGACUAUUACAAAAAUAUCACAGUUGCUUAUGUAAUUGUUCUCAUUAAUUUAUCAUCAAUAUCUAGAGACUGAGGUGACUAUCCAUUACAAUAUAUUCAUGUUUCUUAAAAUAGUAAUCUGUACCUUUGCUAUGUACAAAUAAUCUCGCUCUAAUAUUCUUGCCAACAACCUAGAAACAAAGACAAACAUUAGUACUAGAACUAAUUGACUUUACUGUUGAUGUGUGUUUUGGAAGCAUGUUGUAUUAAGAGACAAAAUGAAGUUUUUUUUAAACACACAAGGCUGAAGUUAUACAGAACAUACAAAAUGUCUAUUCCAAGGAAAGUACAGAGGAAGCCCUUAGCAUCAGGCUUAGAUUUAGAAAGAUGGAGUCUACCUCACUACUUAUUUCUAUGCACAUGUGAAAACUAGAAAAAGCAACUGGGCUUGUACAAGGGGCAAUUUCAAACACAUUUAAAUAUUGGUUUUUAAUGAACACAAGUUAUUCUGAGGUCUGCUCAGACAUUACAGGCGUACGGAGAAAAAGGACAGAGUCACAGAGAAAGUGAGCAAUACAGCAGAGGUUGGGUGUUUAGAAGUGACAUGUCACAAGUUUACAAGAGCUUGGUCCUACUCUCCAGUAGGUGAUCUUAGCCCAUAACCUUUCCACUGUGAGGAGUGGUCUAGACAUCUAGCAACUCCAGUUGGGUAGGUUGAGGUAAUGUAAUAGUAGGAUAAACAAUUUCUUUAUCUGCCUUUGAGAUGCUGCUCAGAUCUUGCAAAACAGUCAGUUCAGAGGUACAGUGUAGACACUGACUUCAAUGGAGGAGCCUGUUCAUGUGCACACUGAAGCCUAGUUCUGUUCCAGUUGAAUCAAUGGCCACAUCCCAUGAGCCAGAGGAGCAAGGUUAAGCUCUCUGUGGCUAAAACUGGUUUAAACACACAACACUUCUGGUUCUGUUUUCAAUCACAGAUACAUAUAUUAAUCUUUCCCAGCUAUGCCUGCCCACAAGCAGAAAAGUGAAAUGUAUACGCAUUCAGAUCUGCACCUAGCCCAGACUCAAGAACAGGAAGCUAGAAGCCUCCCAAAUUGUCACUGCUCUACAGAAAAGAGCACUCACCUCAGCACUGCUGUAAUCCGCAAAAGCAAGGUGCAUGGAAAUUUAAAUUGACACAAUCUCAUCUCAAAGGCCACAGACUUGGCAGCAAGUCAAAGCUUUGUUGAUAGAUUGAACCUUAAAGUGCAGAAGACAUUUGUGCUGAUGAUUUUAAGUUUUGCAUGAAAAGACAGCUCCUCCAGCAUUCGUGAAGGUAUCACAGAAGCAGGUAAGCAUAAAAGAUUACUGCUGUAGUGAGUUAGUGAAUGAAAUUCUGCCUUAGAUGUGAGGACAUGAAUCAUUUUGGGGUACCUACCUUUCCUCAAUCCCUUUAAAACUGUUCCCAAUAAUGAUCAUUUUGGAUAGCGCAUCUAUAGACCAGUUACUCCAGAGCAGAUUG